AUGAGUGAAGUGAGAAUCCAAGCUUUUGACGAAUUAUACCAAUCUCUGAGAACCAUUGAGGGAGAAAAUGCUAUAUAUAGGUUUGUUAAGGGAAGAAAAAGAAAGACUAGAGAUUUGGAUCAAGUGAAGUGUGCUAAAGAUGAAGAAGAAAAUGCCUUGGUCCAGGAAAAGGAUAUAAAGGAUAGGUGGAAGACAUAUUUAAAUAACCUAUUUAAUGAAGGAGAUAUCGCACCUGACUCUAGCAGGCUCAACAUUAGAGAAGCAUAUCAAAAUUAUAAUAACUAUCGUCAAAUCCAGAAAUAG